GAAUUUUAGCAGGAAAUACUCCAUAUUGUAGAUUGUUUCGCCAAAAACAAACAAACUCACUGACUCGGUCCUCACCUUUCUCCAGCACCACCCAAAUGCUCUGCCAUUACAUCGUCUUCAGGCGGCCUUGCGCUGUGAAUUUACCACUUUUCCAGUCACACAUACGCUGUUAUAGUGUCCUGUAGUUCGACUCGCUAGUUCUCACCAGUUUUUGCUUCAUAUUUCCUUGUUUAUCAGCAGGUAGUCGUUCCUCAAUGCUGAAACAUUUAGGUGUAACCCUGCUAUGAAGGGAGACAUGUUGGCAUCUAGUGAUACCUUAUGGAAAUCUGGACUUGAAUUCUCCAUAUUAGGCCAUUUUCCUCUUAAACAACAAGGUAGAUCUUUUAGAAGAAAUGCCCGGUGUGGAUACUCAAAAAUGCCUUGCUGUGGUAUUUGUAAGUCCUGGAUGAUGGGGAGAUGCGGUCCUGUACAUCUCUUCAUUCCACUUCCAUCUAAAGUAAAUUGACAGAUGAAAACAAGCUUGUGAAGUGUUUCAAAAACAGUUCAAACGUUGUGGAGCACAUUCCAAAAGACCUCAUCCAGGAAAAGUUUUCUCAGGAGGAAUCAUAUUUUGUAUCAGGUGAUGUUUUGCUUGAAGAAACUGAUAUUAGCUCACAUUGUAGAAAAAUAAGGAACAGAAUUGUUGAGGAGCCGUGGUUAUUGCAGCCGUCAUUGGUUUCUCAUCAAGCUUCUGAAUCAGAUGCUUCUGGUGCUACUGGUGAUGAUGAUGAAUAUUUAAACAGUCUUCAUAUUGACAGAGAAUCUCAGGUUAACUGUCUCAUUGAACUUGGUACAUCAGAUAAGAGGAACAGUGACUCUCCAGUGACCUCUUACAAAUCAGGUUUUCCUAUUGAGGAGCCCUGGAUGGCUGAAUCGGUGGUCAAUUUUUCCAUUUCUAAUGCCCAUUUGGCACUUGAUAUGCCUACUUGUGAACAACAUGCUAGAAGGAUUGAAGCUCACCAUACAACACACAAUGAGCAUUGUCCAGAAUUCGAGAAGCCAUUGUCUUCUGAAAGUGAUUUAAUUACCAAGGCAGAUUCAGUUACGACGGUUAUAUUAAUAAACUCUUCUGUUUGCACAAUGCAAAGGAUUGCUAUUUUAGAAAAUGGGAGUUUAGUAGAGUUGUUGUUAGAGCCUGUAAAAAACAAGGUGCACUGUGAUAGUGUAUAUCUUGGUGUAGUUACCCAAUUAGCCCCCCAGAUGUGUGGCACGUUUGUAAAUAUUGGCAGCAACCAAACAGCAUUUAUGAACAUCAAGUCCCGGAAAGAGCCGUUCAUAUUUCCUCCUUUUUCACAUGAUAGACAAACCAUUGCCAUCGAGUCUGCCGAAAAUUCAGAUCAUUUUGAAACUGAAACUACUUCAGAUGAAGUUAUAGAGGAGGAUGACACAGAUGAUGAUUCUGUUGAAUAUUCAGAACAUGAUUUUGAGGAGCAAGGAAAUCAUGAUAAGGUUCAUAGUUCUGUAGACAUUGAAGGAAAUGUUGGCCAUGGUGGUGAAACUCAUUUCCAUAGACACCCGUUCAAAAAAAAUGUCCCUCAUCUUGAAUAUAAUAAAAGUAAGUGGGGGCAAGUUCGGAAAGGUACAAAAAUAAUUGUACAAGUUGUUAAGGAAGGACUGGGUAGAAAGGGCCCCACAGUAACUGCUUAUCCACAACUGCGAAGCCGAUUUUGGGUUUUAAAAGCUAGCGGCAACACAAUAGGGAUCUCAAGGAAGAUAUUUGGUGGUGAGCGCACUCGCCUGAAAGUAAUAGCAAAAACCUUACAGCCACCAGGUUUUGGUGUUACUGUAAGAACUGUUGCUGCUGGUCAUUCGUUGGAGGAAUUGAAGAAAGAUUUGGAAGGUUUGGUUUCAACUUGGAAAGUUAUAAUGGAGCAUGCGAAGAGUGCUGCUCUGGCUGCAGAUGAAGGAGUAGACGGAGCAGUUCCUAUUAUGCUUCAUCGGGCUAUGGGUCAAACACUCUCUAUUGUCCAAGAUUAUUUUAAUGACAAGGUUAAGAGUAUGGUGGUUGAUUCUCCAAGGACAUAUCAUGAGGUUAAAAACUAUCUACAAGAAAUAGCUCCUAAUCUAUCUGAUAGAGUUGAGUUAUACAGCAAUAAAGCUCCACUCUUUGACGAAUACAAGAUUGAGGGAGAAAUAGAUAGCAUUCUUAGCAAAAGGGUUUCCCUUUCCAAUGGAGGUUAUCUGGUGAUAGAACAAACAGAGGCAUUAUUCUCUAUUGAUGUCAAUGGUGGUCAUUCUAUGCUUAGGCACGGAACAUCACAAGAGAAAGCUAUUCUUGAAGUGAACCUUGCAGCUGCCAGACAGAUUGCUAGAGAAUUGAGACUGAGAGAUAUUGGUGGUCUUAUUGUUGUGGAUUUCAUAGAUAUGAUGGAUGACUCAAAUAAGAGAUUGGUCUAUGAAGAAAUAAAGAAGGCUGUUGGGAGAGAUAGAUCAACUGUCAGUCUCUCUGAGUUAUCCAGGCAUGGACUUAUGGAAAUCACUAGGAAAAGAGUUCGACCAAGUGUGACAUUUAUGAUCAGCCAGCAAUGCACAUGUUGUUAUGGCACUGGGAGGGUGGAAGCUUUAGAGACUGCCUUUUCCAAGAUUGAACGGGAAAUUUCUCGUUUGAUGUCUAGGAUGGAUGAGAAAGCUGAUCCUGAAGAUCCCAAUUCAUGGCCCAGAUUUAUUCUCAUGGUUGAUCAAUACAUGUGUAACUAUUUAACUGAAGGAAAAAAGACAAAGUUAGCAGUAUUGAGUACCUCUCUCAAAGUCUGGAUUGUAAUAAAGGUAGCUAGAGGUUUCACAAGGGGCACCUUUGAGUUGAAGCCCUUUACAGAUGCUGAUAAAGAGUGCAAUAAGAGUCGCCCUCCCAUACCAGUACUAUCUGCAGAGGUGGCUAGGAGUCUGCCUCAGAAAAAGUUGAAUCUCUUCCCCAUCAAGAAGUGGAAGGCUGGUGGAGGAGGAUGACAGUUGCAUCAUCUUCUCUCCACCCUAAGCAGAGUCCUAAAGCAAAACAAGCACACACAGUCGCAAAGUGUGAGGUAUUGUGUGCUAAUAGAUUCCAACAUCACAGGCAACUUUCAAGAGUGUACUAGGACAUAGGUUCCGACCAGAAACAAACACAUUUCAGUUAGAACCUCAAACUCUACACAUCAUGUGGGUACGAAGAGGAAUUUAUAUUUACUCUUCCGGCAAAUGAAAGAAAGUUUGAUAUCAUUUUAGGAUCAAUUGACAGAAUGAACCAUGAAAGCAUGCAUGGACUUCGCUUCAAUGACCUGGCCUGUCGGUAGUGGUUUCACAAUAUAUAUGUUGCUUGGAACACUUCAAAAGUCAUACUAGUUCCUGCAUAGUGCAUGCUCUAUUACAUAAUGGAAACUCUCCUUCUAGAAUCACUCCUGCGCAGAAUUAAUGUGUCUUCCAAUUUAUAAUUGCUAAUGAUUGUUUUUUGAUUUGCUAGACUUGCAUAAGAAGCUAAUAACCAGCUAUCAGUAUUUUAUCAGCAAGGAGUUCAUGCAAUCAAGUCAACUGAUCUUUGAACCAUUGAUGUACCCAGUUAAGUGUAAUCUGUUGAGCUUGAACAGGCAUUUGCAUGUUUAUUUAUUAAACAUGGUCGCCAACAUCUCACAGUUGUCUAUUCUACUAUUGAUGUCAAUGAUUUUUUUUGUUCUUGGAUUUUGUAUACCCAACAUUUGUCAUGCUUGAAUUUGGUUUUUGAGGUGGAAUAAUGUAAUUAUGUGGAUUGUAAUAAUUGAUAGUAAUGUAAAUAUGAGGGUAGUGUUUAAUUAAAUUGCAGGUUGUUAUACUUAAAUUUAC